AUGGUCCGCCCGCUCGUUCGCUGCGGUCCCAACCACCUGACGUUCAAUGAUCUAAACCUGAUCCCGGUGGUGUAUCAUCGCCAAAGUGACAAGACAGACUAUCCCCAAGACUUUACCUGUCCAGGUGCUGCCACCAAUAAGGCUAGCUAUCUUGAGUAUGCCGCGGCCAAACGGCAGUUUGGACAAGCAUUUUCGGUAUCGCGGGUACAGUUGUUUGAGGGUCUGGUAGAUGAAAAUCUUAUCAAAUGGGUUUCCAUUCUCAACGAGGAAACUCACAAAAACCCCUCCGUCGACUGGGGUACCUGGGUCAAGUAUUUUUCAUUUGAUGUCUAUGUGCCAAUGAGCGUGGGGGAGAGCUUCGGCUUCUUAGACCACAAGUCCGAUGUGCGUAAUAUGUUGCAAAGCAGUUAUCGUAUCUUCCGGCAAUGGACGCUCAGUCGAUAUCGACCCAUCGCGUGGCUAGCUGCGAAUACUUCUUUGGGUCGCCGAUUGUUUGUCAGUGGCCGCGAUGACCCAACGGGCAUGGGCAUGUGGACUACUGAAGUGCAUGAUAUAACUCAGAAGCGAAUUAAAACUUCCACAACCAAGGAAAAGCCACGAUGGGAACACUCCAUGUUAGAUCAAUGGCUGGCGACCAAAUCUGCGACAGGAGAAGGCAUUCCCCUAUCGGAUAUCGAAGACCAGCUAGUUUCUGAUGUACUCGGUGGUCCCUAUGCACUUGCCACCACGAUCAGCCAUUUAGUGACCACGAUGGCCAAACAUCCCGAGGCUGUUCGGCGUGCCCAUCAAGAGAUCGAUGACGCUUUUGCCCAGCAGACCCUCUCCACCCCCUCACCCACCUACACAGAAUGCUGCGCUCUCCCCUUUAUUGAUGCCUGCGUCCGGGAGGCCAUGCGGAUUACGGCGACAGCCUCUCCUAGAUGGCGAUGCUCGCCAGACAGGCCCCUGCACCGGGACGUCCCUCCGGGCACUGCGGUCGCUACAAGUCCUUUCACAAUCUCCACUCAUCCUCAGCUCUACGGUAAUAAUGCCGAGAAGUUUGUUCCCGAACGGUGGCUUGAGGCGUCGGAGGAGCAGUUGCGAGUGUGGAAUGCAUAUGAUGCGCACUGGGGAUUUGGCUAUCGCAAGUGUCCUGGGCGGCACAUAGGAGUCCUAGUUCUAUAUAAAACCUUGGUUACGGUAAGUGCUCUAUUUAAGUUGAUAAUUCUGAUUUUAGAGCUCUGCGGCUAA